UAUUACCUGCUCAUGUGUGUGUGUGUGUGUGUUUGUAAUGGUGUGUUCUUGUAUGCGUAUGCGCUUUGUUCUUCGUGUCCUUCCUUUGUCACGUGGUCGGAAUUCCAAAUCAAAGUUUUAGGUCUAAACAAAAUGAACGAAAGAAAUGAAAACGGGCCGAGAACACACAGAGGAGGAGGAGAUGCAGUAACUGUCAUGCAGUAACUGUCAUGCGCAAUGACUAGCUCUGGACAGCUUGAUGGUCUGUAGACAGAGCCCAACAUCUCUCACAAAAAGAACUUCAUUGUGACAAUGGUGGGAAAUAACAAUCACAUCAAACGCAUUGCAAUUAUCGGCGCUGGUAGCAGCGGUCUGGCCGCCAUCAAGUGUUGCCUGGAUGAAGAUUUGGAGCCAAUUUGUUUCGAGAAGUCCAACGACAUUGGGGGACUUUGGAAUUACUCGGACACUUGUGAGGAUGGACGACCCAGCAUCUACAAGAGCCUGGUCAUCAACACGAGUAAAGACAUGAUGAUGUUCAGCGAUUUCCCGCCACCCGAGGAGUUUCCCUCCUUCCUGACUCACGCGCAAGUGCUGGCGUACUUCCGGAUGUACGCAAGUCAUUUCGGUCUCCUGCGUCACAUCCGGUUUAAUACAGAAGUCAGACUAGUGCGCAAGUCCAAGGAGUACGACACUUCUGGGAGGUGGAUAGUUGAGUCGACAAGAGGCGAUGAGCAGAAUGUUGUAGAGGACUUUGAUGGUGUCAUGAUUUGCAGCGGGCACCACUCCUUCCCUUACACUCCACAGAUUCCAGGUAUUGAGAACUUUCAAGGUACAGUGAUACAUUCACACGCUUACAAGGAACCAACAGCGUUCCACGGGAAGAGGGUAGUCAUACUUGGUUUAGGGAAUUCAGCGUCAGACAUAGCUUGUGAUCUGGCGAAAACUUCAGAACAGGUUUACUUAAGUUCCAGACGAGGAGCCUGGAUUGUACCAAAGACUGCUUUCUGGGGUCUUCCUGCAGACAUGCUGGCCAACAGCAGAGUGGUCUUCACACUGCCCAUGAAGCUACUGGACUGGUUUGUACAGAAGCAAGCCAACUUCAGGAUUGACCAUAAUACCUACGGUCUUCGUCCUCAUCACGGUGUCCUCAAUUCUCACCCCACCAUCAACGACGAACUUCCUAUCCACUUGGUAUCUGGUCGAGUUAAAACUAAAACACAGAUCGUCAAGGUGGACCGCGAUGGAGUCUGGUUCGAGGAUGACCCAAAGUUCUGUCCCUGUGACACCAUCAUUAUGGCCACUGGUUAUGACUACCGAGUGAAUUUCGUACAUCAAGAGACAUUCCAGAUCGUGAAUAACAGAACAAAUCUUUACAAGUACAUGUUCCCACCACAUCUACCCCAUCCCACUCUGGCCACCAUUGGUCUGGUCCAAGCCAUAGGUGCAGUAAUGCCCAUAGCAGAGCUACAGAGUCGGUGGUUUAUCAGUCUAAUCUCAGGCAGGAGCCAGCUACCGAGCAGACAACUUAUGGAAGAAGACGUGAGCAAGAGGAAAGCAGCAAUGGACCAGAACUAUGUUGGCUCUAGACGUCACACUAUUCAAACUUUCUGGAUCGACUACAUGGACCAAGUCUCCUGGGAAAUAGGAGCACGGCCGAACCUCUGGCAAAUGCUACUCAGUGACCCUGAGCUGGCCUUGAAGUGUUACCUGGGUCCUUGUCUACCAUCUCAAUAUCGACUGUAUGGACCAGGAACCUGGAGUGGAGCCCGACAGUUCAUUAUUGAUGCCUACUUCCGAGUGAAUAAACCCAAAGCCGACUUUCGCGUCAUACACUCCGAGAAAACAGAUCGCCGUCAGGAAACAUUGCGCCAGGGAACAACACAAGAUGCUCCAAGUCAGGAGGUCAACAGUGAGCUGCUCAGAAAGGGCGAGCAGCACUGCCGGGCCAGCCUGUCCCCUGAGUGGACCACCUCUUUGUUCUACGUCACUCUCAUGCUGGUCUGUGGCUUUGUCUGGUUCAUGGUUGUACUUCUGGACUUGGCAGGGGACGUGAUCAAUCAAGCGGACAGCACUCUGGACAAUACCAUAGGUCGGAGGAUGCCCUUCACCGAAUGAGCUUCAACUCUAUGAUGUGGACAGGAGCUCUGCGAACUUUACCUUGGGGUCAAUUGGGGUCAAUAACCUAGUGUUAUAGGUGGCGCUAGUGCAGAUACAAGUUCAAAGCAGACGAAGCAGCUAGUCGCCCCAUUAGUGUUAUCUCAGUGUUAUGGUUAGCUUGUUGGCUAUUGGUUCAUCCUAAAUCUUAACAUUUGAUUGAGCUCUAUAAUGGUUGAUAUUGAAAGAUAGGAAAACUAAUUACCAUUUGAUUUUAUUUCAAAUACAUUUUCAAGGUUUGUAUCUUUUUUUUUUUGUCUCAAUAGAUUUUUUAAUUGAAACAAAAAAUCAUUAAGCCACUUUUUAAACCUAAUGCAAUUUUGCUUAUGUUCAAAAUAUUUGAAAAUACAUUUUUUUUUGUUUGUUCUGUUUUUGUCUCAAAAAGAAAUGUCAAAGUAUUUUCUUUAUUUGGAGAAAAAUGUUCGAAGAAACUCAUUUUGAUUCACGUGGAGACUAUGCGAUUUUACACUUAAAAUCGAUUCUGGAUUAUAAAUAAUCGUCAUCACUGUCAAGAGUUAACCAACCAAACUUAUUUUUAAAUAAAAGUUUCUUCCACUUAAUUAUUUGUACAAAAGCACUGACAGCUAGAGUAUUGCCAAUGUUCCUGCCAAUCAGCUUGUCAAAUACCAUCGACAGCAAAACCUUGGAGUUUAACUAAUUUCAUGACCAAUAGGCUUAUGAAAACUGGAUUUAGAAAAAUUAACAGUGUAUCCGGGAGGGGGGGGGAGGAUUCCCUUAAGAGAGAAUUGGAAACCAUCGAUUGUAAAUAAUAAAAGAUCGUUGAGUGUUUAUUUAGAAUGUGUUUCGUUCAAUAACACACUCUGGACCGUAACGACGUGUGCUCGUGUCAAUUCUGUGUUCAACUAUUUAUUGAGUUGUCUUUAUGUUUGCUUCUUAUAUUAAAAUAUUUUGUAACUUGCAA